CGCAUAAAUAAACAAAGCAUCAUAACAAAAAUGAAGUGAAAUUCUUAAAUAAUUAUUCGAAACUUGAACAAAAUUGCUUGUAUAUAUACCAUGCAUCUGUAGAAACCACGCAAUAAUGGAUAAACUAAACUUGUACGAGGUAUUGGGCGUGAGCAAAGAAGCAACGCCCGAGGAAAUCAAAAAGAACUAUCGUAAGCUGGCAAAAGAGUUCCAUCCAGAUAAGAAUCCCGACGCUGGCGAAAAGUUCAAGGAAAUAUCUUUUGCCUAUGAGGUGCUGUCUGAUCCAGAAAAGCGACGUGUCUAUGACCGUCAUGGUUUGAGGGGAUUACAGGAGGGGGCGGAUGGCUUUAGUGCAGAUAGUCAAGACUUUUUUGCACAUUGGUUUCCGUUUGGUAACAGCGCCGGCCAUAGCAGACGCGAUGGCAAAAUUUUGGUUAAGCUGGAAGUGUCGCUCGAAGAGAUCUACCAGGGUCAGCAAGAAAAACUGGUGGAGUACAAGCGGCAAAAGCUAUGCGACAACUGUAAUGGCCAUGGCGGUCCGCAAGAGGGGCGCGAGCAAUGCGAGACCUGUGGCGGCCUAGGACGCACUGCGGCCUUUACGUUCAUGGGCUUGAGCGCUUUCGAUGCAAUAUGCCCCAACUGCGAUGGACGCGGCUUUACAAUUAAAGAGAAAAUGCGCUGCAAGUUUUGUCGCGGCGAUGGUUUCGUCGAUGAGCAAAUGAAGCGCAAGGUGACUGUGGAGCGUGGCGUGCCGCAUAUGCAGAAGCUGCCAUUUCCACGCGAGGGACAUCAGUUGCGCAGCCGAGAGUUUGGCGAACUGGUGGUGGUGAUGAUGCAGGGCGAACAUGCGCUCUUUCAGCGCCGCCAUGCCAAUCUCUAUAUGCGCGAUUUGGAAAUUAACAUCACUGAGGCGCUCUGCGGAUUUACGCACUGCUUCAAGCAUCUGGAUGGACGCAAGGUGUGCAUGCGCACACAGCCAGGCGAAGUGCUGCGCCACAAUCAUAUCAAAAUGAUGCGUGGCUCGGGCAUGCCUGUCUACAAUCAGCCCACCCAUCAUGGCGAUCUCUAUGUGCAAUUUAAAGUCAAUAUGCCGGAGAAUGGCUUUGCCAAUGCUGCACAGCUGGCGACGCUGGAAACACUAUUGCCGCCACGUGAGCAAGUCGCAGUGCCCGCCGAGGCGGAGGAAGUGCAGCUGGCAGACAUCAAG